AUGGAAUAUAACGAAACUUCGUACUAUGCUACUGAAGAUAUUAAUGAUGGCAAAAAUCAACAGAACAGCAAAAACCAAAGACGUCGAAGUGCUCGACCGAGACCGAGAUCCGGUAUACGAGUCAGAAUAGCGAACCCUCGAACUAAUCCACAGCCUCGUAUUUCAACCACUUCACGUAACCCUCCCGAUAGACAACAACAAAGAUCGUCAAGCUUGAUUCGUAGUUCACCGGCUACUACUACUGCGGAUGCAGACAUGUAUAAUUAUCAUCAAUUAUCCUCUUCUGCAUAUAAUAAUAACGCUUACGAGCGUAACGAUCAUGAGUAUAAUAAUACUUAUGAACAGAAUAGCAGAGCAAUAGAAGAGCAACGGGAACAUUGGAAACUACAACCACCUCGCUCUCAUAAUAAACGGAUUUCUUCAAGAAUAAUCUCCUCACCAUCAAUAGAACAACGCAUAUCCGACUACAAAAGCAACAAAAAACUAGAACAAGCCUUACAAUGGCAAGGCAUGACAGAAACCGUUAAAUCCCUUGAAAAAGAAAACCAAAGAAUACUCGAGAAUUCAAGAACACUUCAGGCACGAAAUGACAGCCUUAAUCAAGAAAUCGGUCAACUCUCAUCCGAAAAUCACAAUCUCGUUCUCGAAAUUCAUGACUUAAAAUCGAGGCUAAGUGAAAUCACUCAUCUCACAUCCGAAAAUCGCAAUCUUGUUCGCGAGAUUCAUGACUUGAAAUCGAGGCUAAAUGAAAUCCCUCUUCUCACAUCCGAAAAUCACGAUCUUGCUCUCGAGAUUCAUAGCUUGAAAUCGAGGCUAAGUGAGUCGCACGUAGAAAAUCAGCAAUUGAUCAAGGAGAAAAAUUCGUGGAUGCAAAAAGCUGGUAAUGCGGAUUUACUUGCCCAGGAUUUAUCUAAUGAGAAUCGACUAUUGAAAGCUGAAACCACGAAAUACCAAUCUGCUCUUGGAAAAGCGACGAAUAUUCGAUUAGCCGAUAAUGACAACAAUAGCUCGAUCAAUUUGAUAAAGGAUAUUGCCGAAUUACAACACACGCUAAAAUAUUUUUCCCAAUUAAAAGGAAAAGACAUUAAAAUUAAUGGAGAGAAUGCCUUGAAUUUAGUGAAAAAAUAUAAUUGUCAAUGUGAUGAUCCUCAACAGAAUAAAUCAGUGUUGAGUGCUGUCUUGCAAAGACAUAUAUUAGAUAAAAUACUAAAGGAGGCAACUGAAUUUUUUCAAAAUCAAAAAUCAAAUAACAAUGACAACGAAGGUGAUGAAGACAAUAAUCUCGAAAAAAAUAUAGUCGAGAAAACAAAAGACAUUAUCAGCAUCAUUCAUAGAUUCGUUGAAACGCGACAUGGAACAGAUAAUAUUGCUGCAGUAACGCCUAUUCAUCUUCGUCAACAAAUCUACGGACUAUUAUCAAAUAGAGGAUUCGCAACAGCACAAAAUCAUCACCCAUUUCUCGAUAACUUGAAGACUACAGUAAUCGAAGAAAUCGAUAAAUAUCGCACAAUCACCAAUGAAACACGAAAACAAGAACAAGAACGUCGGGCAGAAAAACUUAUCAAUGAAACAUUACGUAUUUUCUGUUUUGGUCUACCUGCUCAAGAACCACCUGCUCAAUAUAUGUGGAUUGAGGCUGGUAGCGAGAUUCAGUCUAGCAUGAUGGAAGGACCAGAAUUAGGCGGGGGUGAAGAUGAGGAACAUUUAGAAGUGGAAGUUUGUUCGUUUCCUGUGAUUGGUGCGAAUACUAAUGAAAAGGAUAAUAGUCGUCGACAGAUUUAUAGUAAAGCUAAAGUUCAUACACGCGAGCGUAUGAGUGAUAAAGAUGACUAUGUGGUGAUUUCUGAUACACCUCAAUCUGUAAUAUUCUAG